GAACGUGAAUAUUAAUGUUGCAAAGUGAUUACAUUUCUAUAAAAUAUUUCAAAAUAAAUUCUAAUAUGAUGAAAAUAAUGUAAAAUAAAAGGCUUUAAGGAUCUUCAUGAAAGUAUCAACAAGAAAGGAAAUGAAAUGUGUAAAAAAUGUUUUUGUGGACUUAAAUUUGUGAAAUAAAAUUUAAAGAAGUAAACAAUUUUAUCUACAAACAAAUUUAUUAUAUGUGGAACAAAUUACCGAGAAAUUAAAAUAAUCACAUCUGGUUCUCAAAUUCUUCUUCUUUUUCCUGGAUAAAUACUAAAUCUAGGGCAGUUUAAAACUUGCCUUUAAGAAAUAUGGGGCUGCAGCAAGCGACAUUAGCUGUCGUUUUGUUUGCAGCAGCGACAUUUAUUUUAUGGAUACCAAAAGUUGUCGCUUCUCAUCCACCAGAAAUUAUUAAAAGGCCAGCGCCUCAAGGUGUUAAAGUUGGAGGGGUUGCGACAUUUUUCUGUUCGGCACGGGGAGAUCCACAACCUACAAUUAAUUGGCGGAAAAAUGGUAAAAAGGUGUCAGGAACUCAAAGUCGUUACACGGUCAUCGAAACGAACGGUCUGUCACUUUUAAGGAUAGAACCAGUGAGGGCUGGUCGUGACGAUGCUCCAUAUGAAUGCAUAGCAGAGAAUGGUGUCGGUGAUGCAGUGUCAGCAGAAGCUACUUUAACUGUUUAUGAAGCUGAUAAGACGCCUUCUGGUUUUCCAGUCAUUGAGAUACACUCAAACAGCCGAGUCAUAGAAAUUGGACAUACCGCAGUUCUACAAUGUAGAGCGAGUGGCAGUCCAAAUCCAAAAGUUUAUUGGCUGAAGGAUAUGAAGAGAGUUGAACUUACAUCACGUUACACUCUCUUAGAUGGUUCAUUGCAAAUUUCGCAAAGUGAAGAAGCUGAUCAAGGAAAAUACGAAUGCGUUGCAGAAAAUUCAAUUGGCACGGAACAUUCGAAACCAAUAAACCUCUACGUCAAAAUAAGACGCGUUCCACCUCAAUUCUCACGUCCCCCCGACCCUGUUAACGAAGUUUUACUUGGUGGAAGUUUAAAUUUAACUUGUGUUGCUGUCGGUUCACCGAUGCCAUUCGUCAAAUGGCGCAGGGGUUUAGACGAAGAUAUAACGCCUGAGAAUGAACUUCCGAAGGCGUAUAGUGAAACUAGCGGAAUAAUAACAAUGUUCUAUGUUGUGAGAGGACUAAGUCCUUAUACUGAAUACGAAUUUCAUGUAAUUGGUGUCAAUAACAUUGGGCGUGGACCUCCAUCUGCUCCCGUAUCCACAACUACUGGUGAAACAGAAAUGGAAAGCGCACCUAGAAAUAUUGAAGUGAGACCAUUGAGUUCAUCAACUAUGGUCGUUACUUGGCAACCACCAGAAACACCAAAUGGGCAAAUAAAUGGUUACAAAGUUUAUUACACAACAAAUCCUCAUCAACCCGAAGCUUCAUGGAACUCUCAAAUGGUUGACAACAGUGAAUUGACGACCAUUUCUGAACUUACUCCGCUAGCAAUUUAUACAAUUCGUGUUCAAGCUUUUACAAGUAUGGGUGCAGGCCCAAUGUCUAAUCCUGUUCAAGUGAAGACGCAACAAGGAGUGCCUUCACAACCUAGUAAUUUUAGAGCUAUUGAUAUCGGCGAAACGGCUGUGACAUUACAAUGGAGUAAGCCAUCUCAUAGUGGAGAAAACAUUGUUCAUUACGAACUUUAUUGGAAUGACACAUACGCAAACGAACAACACCAUCAGCGCAUUCCAAAUGUUGAAACUUACACAAUGAGUGGCUUGUAUCCUGACACUCUUUAUUACAUCUGGUUGGCUGCGAGAUCACAAAGAGGCGAAGGUGCGACCAGUCCAUCCAUACCAGUUCGAACAAAACAAUACGUACCAGGAGCUCCGCCGAGUAAUAUUACAGCAUCUGCAACGAGUCCAACAACGAUAAAGGUUGCAUGGAGUCCACCGCCACAAGACCGCUCGAAUGGAGUCAUAAUUUACUAUAAACUCUUUUUUGUCGAGGAAGGUCGAUCUGACAGUGAGGCGGAUGAAGUAAAAUUGAAUACAACGGAAUUUGUUUUGGAUGAAUUGAAGCGAUGGACUGAAUACAAGAUUUGGGUGCUUGCAGGCACAUCAGUCGGCGAUGGCCCAAAGUCUUAUCCAAUUACGGUGCAGACACAUGAAGACGUGCCUGGUGAACCUACAAACGUUCGAGUGUCUGCUGUCAAUUCAACAACUAUUUAUGUAUCGUGGAAACCUCCAGCGGAAAAAGAUAGAAACGGAAUCAUUCGUGGCUAUCACAUUCACAUUCACGAGGUUAAAGAUGAGGGAAAAAGCUUCCUUAAUGAGCCAAUGAAGUACGAAAUACUUGAUGGUGUCAUGGAUUAUAACAUAUCAGGAUUGCAACCAGACACAAGAUAUUCAGUUCAAGUUGCUGCGUUAACAAGGAAAGGAGAUGGUGACAGAAGCAAUGCUUUGACUGUUAAGACACCUGGAGGUGUGCCAAUCAGACCAGUAGUGAACUUGAAGAUUCUGGAACGCGAUCCGUUAGUGUCAAUAGAACUGGAAUGGGAACGACCUGCACAAACUUAUGGAGAGCUGAGAGGUUAUCGUGUCAGAUGGGGCGUUAAAGAUCAUCACAAGCUUCAUGAAGAAAUCUUAGGCUCCCAUAUCAAUGUAAAACGAAUCAAAGACUUAGAAAGGGGAAUCGAAUAUGAAUUUCGAAUUGCUGGAACGAAUCAUAUCGGAAUAGGACAAGAAGCAGUUAAAUAUUAUACAACACCUGAAGGGACUCCUUCGGGACCGCCAGUUAACAUAUCACAUCGUUUCCAAACACCGGAUGUCCUGAGUAUAACGUGGGAUCCACCGAUUCGUGAACAUCGGAAUGGACAAAUCUUACGUUACGACAUUCAAUUCCACAAGAAAAUUGAUCAUGGCCUUGGAACGGAAAGGAACACAACAAUCAGAAAAGCUGUGUUUGCAAACUUGGAUCAAAACACUGAAUAUGUUGUAAGGAUACGAGCUUAUACAAAGCAAGGUGCCGGACCAUUUAGUGAGAAGAUAAUCAUUGAAACCGAACGUGACAUGGGACGAGCACCAAUGCAAGUGCAAGCAAUUGCAACUUCAGAGCAAACUGUUGAAGUUUGGUGGGAACCUGUGCCGUCACGUGGUAAAUUAAUUGGAUAUAAAAUUUUCUACACAAUGACAGCUGUGGAAGAUCUCGAUGAAUGGCAAACUAAAACAGUUGGUCUGACUGAAUCUGCUGACUUAGUGAAUUUGGAAAAGUUUGCUCAAUAUGCAAUAGCAAUUGCUGCUAGAUUUAAAACAGGCCUUGGACGAUUAAGCGAUAAGAUAACAGUAAAGAUUAAACCUGAAGACGUUCCAUUAAAUUUGAGAGCGCAUGAUGUCAGCACACAUUCAAUGACAAUCUCAUACUCACCGCCAAUUCGAUUGAAUCCUCUCCAUUACAAAGUCAGCUUUGAUGCAAUAAAAGUUUUUGUUGAUGCUCAAGGAAUCACGCAGACACAAAGCAUUCCGAAACGUGAAAUUACAAUACCUCAACAAAAAAUGUCUCUAACAAUCAAUGAGCUUUCACCUUUUACAACAUAUUAUGUUAAUGUGUCAGCAGUUCCCGCUGAUUUCUCUUAUCGGCCUCCCACAAAAAUCAGCAUAACGACGCAAAUGGCUGCACCUCAACCUAUGGUGAAGCCUGACUUUUAUGGCGUCGUGAAUGGAGAAGAAAUUCAAGUUAUUUUACCACAAGCUUCUGAAGAAUAUGGUCCCAUAUCUCAUUACUAUCUUGUUGUCGUACCUGAAGAUAAAUCAAACUUGCACAAGAACCCAGACCAGUUUUUGACUGAAGAAAUGCUUCCUUCUCGUUUAAAUCGUCACGAUAUGUCGAAUGCACCUUACAUAGCUGCAAAAUUCUUGCAACGAAAUAUUCCUUACACGUUUCCUCUUGGAUCUGGCGACACAUAUCAUAAUUUCACAAACAGAAAACUUGAGCGUGGUAAACGUUACAGAAUAUUUGUUCGAGCUGUUGUUGAUACACCACAAAAGCAUUUGUACACUUCAAGUCCGUUCUCUGACUUUUUAGCUUUGGACAUGAGAGAAGUUCCUCCAGGAGACCCUCCACAUCGACCCGAUCCUAACUCUGCAAACAGUGAAAACGAUGUUUCAGUCAACAUCAGCACAUCUGAACAAGGCCUUUUGUGGGUGAUUCCAAUAAUCGCAGCAUUUAUUUUAUGCUUCUUCCUUAUCAUUGUGUAUGUUGUGAAGAAGAGAAGUCAACCUUGUAAAAACCCUGACACAGCAGUUACACGACCAUUAAUGGCAGCUGAUUUAGGUGCCGGACCAGCACCGACUGAUCCAGUUGACAUGCGAAGAUUAAACUUUCAAACGCCUGGCAUGAUCCAUCAUCCACCAAUACCAAUUUCUGAAUUAGCCAAUCACAUUGAAAGAUUAAAAGCGAAUGGAAACAAUAAAUUCUCGCAAGAAUAUGAAAGCAUUGAACCCGGACAGCAAUUCUCAUGGGAACAUUCAAACUUGGAAGUUAAUAAGCCGAAAAAUAGAUACGCAAAUGUCACUGCUUACGAUCACAGUCGUGUUAUUUUGGCGACUUUGGAUGGACAAGUUGGAAGUGAUUACAUCAAUGCAAAUUAUUGUGAUGGGUAUAGGAAGCAUAAUGCUUACAUAGCAACGCAAGGUCCAUUGCAAAAUACUUGUGCUGAUUUUUGGAGAAUGGUUUGGGAACAGGAAUCAUCAACAAUUGUUAUGAUGACACGGUUAGAAGAGCGAAUGAGAAAGAAAUGCGAUCAGUAUUGGCCGACGAGAGGGACGGAAACUUAUGGAUUGAUGACUGUGACAAUAACAGCAACACAGGAACUCGCAACAUACAGUAUAAGAACUUUCCAAUUGACAAAAUCAGGAAGCAGUGAGUCGAGAGAAAUCAAACAACUUCAAUUUACUGCUUGGCCCGAUCACGGUGUGCCUGACAACCCUGCCCCAUUCUUACAAUUCUUACGUCGCACAAAAUCUCUUACACCAACUGAAUCAGGUCCGAUAAUUGUUCAUUGUUCGGCUGGUGUUGGACGGACGGGAUGUUAUAUCGUUAUAGAUUCAAUGCUUGAACGAAUGCACACAGAGAAAAUGGUCGACAUCUAUGGACAUGUCACUUGCUUGCGAGCUCAACGCAACUACAUGGUUCAAACUGAAGAGCAGUACAUUUACAUUCAUGACGCAUUAAAUGAAGCUGUGAUAUGUGGAAAUACUGAAGUUGCUGCAACUGAACUUCAUACUCAUAUUCAGAAGCUUAUGCAAAUGGAGCCAUCUGAGAAUAUCACAUCAAUGGAAAUGGAAUUUAAAAAGCUUUCAAAUGUUAAAGUUGAUUCAUCAAAAUUUGUUACCGCAAACUUGCCAUGCAACAAGGAUAAAAAUCGAUUAGUUCAUAUCUUGCCAUUUGAAUCAACAAGAGUUUGUUUAUCAGUUGACAGAGGGAUUGAGGGAAGUGAUUAUAUAAAUGCAAGCUUCAUAGAUGGUUACCGAUAUCGAAUGGCAUAUAUAGCAGCACAAGGCCCGUUACCUGAAACAGCUGAAGACUUUUGGAGAAUGUUGUGGGAACAUAAUUCAACAAUUGUCGUGAUGUUAACAAAAUUAAAAGAAAUGGGGAAGGAAAAGUGUACACAAUAUUGGCCUGAUACCCGCUCUGUACGUUAUCAGUAUUAUGUGGUUGAUCCAGUAGCUGAAUACAAUAUGCCUCAAUAUAAACUACGGGAGUUCAAGGUAACUGACGCCAGAGAUGGAUCGAGUCGAACUGUUCGUCAAUUUCAAUUCAUGGAUUGGCCUGAGCAAGGCGUACCAAAAUCUGGUGAAGGUUUUAUUGACUUUAUAGGUCAAGUUCACAAAACAAAAGAACAAUUUGGUCAAGAUGGGCCAAUUACCAUACAUUGCUCGGCAGGUGUUGGGCGCACUGGUGUGUUUAUCACGCUGAGCAUUGUUUUAGAGCGUAUGCAAUAUGAAGGAGUUUUGGAUGUUUUCCAAACCGUCAGAAUAUUGAGAUCACAAAGAAUACAUAUGGUUCAAACAGAAGAUCAAUAUCAAUUUUGCUAUAGAGCAGCUUUAGAAUAUUUAGGCUCAUUCGAUCAUUACACAAAUUAAUUAGCUGAAUUUGUGAAGAAUAACUCAGUGACGUCUAUUUCUAAUUUCUUUUAGCUUGUAACUAUUAAAAACAAAUAUUUUAAAACAUAUAAUACGAGUAUGUAUUUAUAUCUAUCAACCCUGCUAUGAGAAGCAUGUAAAUUGUGAGAGAAAAAUUUAAAUAAGUUUUACAAUUACGCUGUAUUACUUAAACAUUGUCAUUUAUUAUAAACGCACAUUUAAGAUCUGUUUUUAUGUCUUCAUUUUGGAUAUUAUUUCAUUAAUUUUUCGCUUAAAUCGAAGCAUUGUUGUGCUUUAACGAAAAAUAAUUAAAAACGUGAAUUUUAAUUUCAUAUUUUUAAAGUUAAUUAAGAGAAAGACUGAUAAGCAGCAUUUAUAAAGUAAUGUUUUUACUUAUCGUUUUAAAGUCACUGUAACUUGGUGUCGAAUUGAACUUAUAAAUGUUUUUGAUUUAAGUUUCAUCGAUUUAAAUAUUUAGGAGAAAUACAUUUUAACUAUUUAAGGUAACUCAUAAUAGUACAGUGCGGCAUUUUUUAAUUUUUCAUUAUGAGAAACAUCAAGAAAUAUGUAAAUCAUUGUAAUAAACUGAAUAAAUAAAAUAAACAAAAAAUAAACAAUUUUGG